GCGAUCUUUCUCGGCAUCCAAAAAUGUCUCUAGUUGCGAACGAGGAGUUUCAGCAUAUUUUGCGUGUGCUCAACACUAAUGUCGAUGGGAAGCAAAAGAUUAUGUUUGCCUUGACCUCAAUCAAGGGUAUUGGAAGGAGAUUGGCCAACAUUGUGUGCAAGAAGGCUGAUGUUGACAUGAACAAGAGGGCUGGAGAACUAAGUGCUGCGGAAAUCGACAACCUCAUGACAAUCGUUGCUAACCCUCGUCAGUUCAAGAUCCCAGACUGGUUCUUGAACAGGCAAAAGGAUUACAAGGAUGGGAAAUACUCCCAAGUUGUUUCCAAUGCUCUGGACAUGAAACUGAGAGAUGAUCUUGAGCGUCUCAAGAAGAUCAGGAACCAUCGUGGUCUGAGGCACUACUGGGGUCUACGUGUACGUGGACAGCACACCAAAACCACCGGACGACGUGGAAAGACUGUUGGUGUCUCCAAGAAGCUAGAAGGAGGGGGUUUAUUCUCAGCGUCUGCGUCUGGGUAUAGUAAGGGAUUGACCCUUCUUUUUUCUGGUGAUAAAGACGGGGAUAGGCCCAUGAGAGUUGUGCCGUGGAAUCACUACCAGGUGGUUGACCAAGAGGCUGACCCUGUUCUUCAGCUGGAUUCCAUUAAGAACCGAGUUUCCCGCGGUUGCGCUGCUUCCUUUAGUUGUUUUGGUGGCGCUUCCGCGGGACUUGAGACCCCUUCUCCUCUUAAAGUAGAACCUGUGCAGCAGCAUCGUGAAAUAUCAUCACCAGAGUCUGUUGUUGCUGUUUCUGAAAAGGGCAAAGACCAAAUAAGUGAAGCUGAUAAUGGCAGCAGCAAAGAAGCUUUCAAACUCUCGUUGAGGAGUAGCUUGAAGAGGCCCUCUGUUGCGGAAUCACGCUCUCUUGAGGAUAUACAAGAAUACGAGACGUUGAGCGUGGAUGGUAGCGAUCUCACUGGUGACAUGGCAAGGCGGAAAGUUCAGUGGCCAGAUGCUUGUGGUAGUGAACUCACUCAAGUUAGAGAAUUUGAGCCGAGUGAGAUGGGAUUAUCAGAUGAAGAAUGGGAGGUAGGACGACAAAGAACAUGUUCGUGUGUGAUCAUGUAAAUUCAGAAAUCAUCGGUAUCACUCUUUACUCACCUCUUGUGUGCAUUUCUCAUAGAUUUAAAGUGUAUGUGUUAUUACAAAGUUCUCUUCAAGGUUUUGGCUUGUACAUUAUUCCCUGUGUUUUGAGUGGCAACUUAUUCCUGGUUUCUAUUUUCCAAAAAAGAUAAGAGAACAUCUAAAUCGAUGAAAAGACGAAGAGAGUGGCAAUAACUCUUGUUCUUGUAG